GUAGAUGGAAUAUAAGGUUUCAAUGGCAAAACCAUUUUUCUCUUUUAGCGGUGGGGGAUUAUAUGAUGAAGGCAAUGUUGGGUUGACAAUCAAAGUUGGAAAAUGGAUUGAAAUAAGUGAGAAGUUUGAUAAGUAAAUAAAUUAAAUUGACAAAUUUUUAGAAGCAAUUUUAUCGUUUAUAAAGGAGCAUAUAAAAAUGGUAAAAAAGUUGGUAGAUGGCAUGUAUAUAUUAGAAAUUCUCUAUUCCAGAAAGGCUAUAAUAAAAUGUAAACUUAAAAUAAUGCUAUAUAUAAAUUCUUUUAGUGGUGGCGGAUGCUAUGAUGAACAAGGUCAUGGCAUUAAGAUUGGAGAAUGGAUUGAUUUGGAUGAUGGAUUUCAUUCUAGGAAUUAAGUGACUUAUCAUGGAGAAUAUCAUAAUGGUAAAAAAGUAGGAAGAUGGAAUGCUUAUUGGAAUUUUGAUUAAUAAAUGUAUAAUUAAAUAUUAUAUAAACUUUUUAGAGGUGGCGGAUAGUAUGAUGAAUUAGAUGAGGGCAUUAAGAUUGGGAAAUGGAUUGAAUUGGAGGAAGGUGAUUCUCUAUAAUAAUUAAUAAUAUUUUAUGGAGAGUAUAAACAUGGUAAAAAAGUAGGCAGGUGGGAUUUUAUGAAAAGAUAAUAUCAUGAAUCAUUUAAAUAGAUGUAAAUAAUUUAAUAUUCUGAUUAAUAAACUUUUUAGUGGCGGUGGAUUCUAUGAUUAAAACGGCAUUAAGUUUGGAAUGUGGAUUGAUUUAGGUGAAUAAACUUAUGAUAAAGUUUUAAGUGGUAAUUAUUAAAAUGGGAAAAAAGUUGGCAUCUGGACUGUGUUUCAUGAUUAUAAAGAAGUUAAUAAAAUUGAAUAUCAAAAUUGA